AGGCGGCGGAAGCGGAACUCACAACGGGGUUUUUAAACAUGGCGGUGAACGGUGUUUAUACUUCUCGAACCAAAUGGUCUGAGGACAUGGAGGACUUACUUGUAGACUGCUGGCAGCAGUACGAGUGUCUGUACAACGUGUCGUCGGAUACCUACCACAAUAAAGCCGAGAAGGAGAGGUGCUGGGAGGAAAUCGCGGUUUCUCUGGACCUACCCGUGGAGGAGGUGAAGGUGAGGGCAGCCUCUCUACGGACUCAGUACUCCAGACUGCUGAAGCCUCUGCGCAGCGGGAGGAACAGUAGAGCCCUGACACCCAGACAGAGGAGGAUCCUCACGUCCCUCAAGUUCCUGGAGAAACAUGUCGUCUCUCGUUCCACUGAAAGCAACCUCGACCAAUCACCAAAAGACAUGCUGACCACACAACAGGACAGCGACGACAGCGAGCCAGACAACACAGCCUUUUCCCCGGACCUGGAUUCCGGCAGGUCCCACUCACCCGCAGAGAAUGCUGCUGCUGUUAGGAGCACCUGGUCCGUGGAGAAGGAGGACAGCUUUUUAGAGCUGUGGCAGCAGCAUGAAUGUCUGUACAACCUGACCGGAGACAGAUUUCACGACAGGGUGGAGAGGGAAAAGAAAUGGACUGAAAUCGCUACUGCUUUGGAACUUCCAGUUGGGGAUGUGAAGACGAGGGCCACCACACUACGAACUCAGUAUUCCAAACUGGUGAAACCGCAGGGUUCUGGGAAGAAGAAGAGGCCGCUGACAUUAAGGCAGAGGAGGAUCCUGAAAUCCUGUGAAUUCCUCAAAAAAUAUAUCAGCCAUCGCUCUUCUGAAGACAAUCUUGGCCAGUCGAUAAAAGAGGCACUGAUGACACAGCAGGACAGCAGCAACAGCGAGCCAGAGAACACAGCGCCAUCCCAGGACUUUGAUGGUGCGGCGUCACCUUCACCCACCGAGAGCUCCUCUGUGUCACCGCUCCCCCCUCAGCCCGCCAGAAAACAGCCAAAAACCCAAAACAGAAAUGACACGGAGAGGCAGAAAGUUGCGUUGUUGCAGCACAUGGUGGAUGUUAUUCAGGAGACCAGCAGACAACCGGAGAGAGACUGCGAGGACUCGUUUGGCGUCACCGUUGCAAUGGAACUGAAGAGGAUACGGAACCCGGCGCUGAGGGACAGGGUCAAAAGAGAAAUAAUGACUAUACUGUAUGAUGCGCUUGACUCUGAGCAUGUAACUGACCCAGUCUCAUACCAACCCCAGCUCAUACCAAAGGAAGAAUCCCACUCUAUAACCGUAGUCACUCUAUAACUGUAGUCUCUGACUGUAAAUAUGAGUUCAGAGAUUUUGUUCAUUGUUGCGUCCAGUUUAAUUGCCUGAGUCUGAAAUCAGAUAGGUACAUUAAAGUUGAACUGAAAUUUCAA